GAGUUUCAAGAAUCAACUGAUUCCCUCAGUUUAGCAGAUUCAUCUGGAAUGCCUAUUUCAGUGGCUGAUGAGACGAUGUGGACCUUAGGAUCGUUUUACUCUGCUAAUUCUCUUCAGCCAAGCCGAUAUAAGCUAUAUGUUGUUAUUAAGACAGCUAUUGAAGGUGAGGACGUGAUUGAUCCUUCACUCGGGAAAGAGAGCAAAAGUGAAGACCUUAAGACUCAAUGUGGCGAAGAAAUGCCUGCAAAACGUUCCCUUGUGGAGACGGAAGCAGUCAUCCAGGCAUGUGAAGAGUGUGGGAAGAAUUACCGUACCUAUGUUCCAGGAACUAUCUGCAAUCUACCUGGCAGU